AAACCUUAAUCUGAUUUUCUCUUUCCAAAAAAAUAAAAUUACAUAUUGCCACAAGGGGAGACCUUAGAACACAGACAAUUGACGUUAAUUAUUGUUAUUAGGAUGGAAUCUGUGUUCCUGAUGAUGAUGUUAAUCUUAGUGACGUCAGGUGGGGCGCUUGGAACGACGACGUACAACGUUGGGGAUAAUGCCGGUUGGAUUAUACCUUCUAAUGGCGCCACCACUUAUUCCGAUUGGGCAAAAAACCUCAAAUUCUCUGUUGGAGAUGUCUUGGUCUUCAAAUUUACCACCGGAGCACACACGGUGGCGAGCGUGAAAACCAAGAAAGAUUACGACUCAUGCACCGCCGGAAACCCGCUUCUGCUCGAAUCUAACGGUCCGGCAACCGUCACGCUCAAUUCCACCGGCGAGCACUACUUCAUCUGCACACUCCACUGCACCUUAGGUCAAAAGUUAACGGUCAACGUCAGCUCCGCCGUCAAGGGGUCGCCGCCGUCUUCCCCGCCGAAGAGCAGCCCGGCCCCGGGUUCUAAUCCAUCGUCGCCGUCACCGCCGUCUUCCCCGCCAAAGAGCAGCCCGGCCCCGGGUUCUAAUUCAUCAUCUCCGUCGCCGGCGGCGGCAGGAACCACCCCGUCUCCGAGUUCCAAUCCGGCAUCGCCGCCGCCGCCGUCCAGCGCAACUCGUGCAACCAUAUUUUCGAGUGUACUAUUUUUACCGUUUUUGCUAGCGGCAUUGUAUUAAAACGUUUUGUUUGAACGGAGGAGCAUCGUAGGGCCCAUUCUUGUUUUAGUACCGUUGAUGUGUGGUGUUUCUAAGCUAUUGUGUGGAAUUCAUAACUUUGUACUAUUUGAUUGAAUUGAAUAAAACCCUUGUUUGCACAAUUGCAUUGUUUGUCUCUUUCUUUGUUACUUUCAUUCAAGUUUUGUGUGUGUAUAUAUUCAAUGUUUAUAUACACAUUUAGAGCCCUUUUGGUGAACACAUAAAGUAUAAAUUCUAAU